AUGACCAAUGACAUCAAAGGUGACUCGACGUCCUCCUCCUCGCAUGAGCUCAUGCUUUGGCUGCAGUACGAGGGUGGCCAGCUCCCAAUCGGCUGGACCAACGGACCAGCUGCAACCAUUGACAACCUCUUUGGAACCUCGUGGACACUGUACGAAGAUGUCAAUACCGACACCGGGAUUACGGUCAGCACCUUGAUGCCCACCAAGCAGUUUGAGGGUUCUUUCUCUGGAGAUCUGAAGGACUGGCUGCUGGCUAUGGCCAAUUUGGGCAGAUUUACGGAAUCCACAUAUGUCAAUGUCGGCAAUGCGGGCACUGAGUUCUUUUACGGAAAUGCCGUAAUGAACGCGACCCUCGGGUUGCAGAUCGACUUGGCAUGA